AUGGUACAAAUGACUGUGCAAAGCUACAGGAGGUCCCUGCAAGAGUUUUCAGAAAGUCCGGUUAUGUCAAGAUGCAAGAGUCUUGGCUCUGCCCACUCGCUCAGUGGUGCACCCCAGAGCAUCACUGAAUGGCUGGCACUCUGGGAAAAGGAUCCAGUGGAGAUUCUUCUUGAUCUGGGGUUUGGUACAGAAGAACCUGAUGUCUGCACUAAAAUCCCUCCUCGGUUCCUCAGUGGUGCUUCUGUAGCAAAAGGGAUCAACAUCCGAGUGUUUUUGGAAGCUCAGAAGCAGCGGAUGGACAUUGAGAGACCAAACCUAUAUGAACGUUUUCGACAGCUGGAAGUUCUUGACCACGUAACCAGUGCCCUUUCAUCUUUGCUGACUGACGUCAACACCCAACAGACCAAAGCACAGGACGCCGGUGGGGGUGAGACUGGUCUCCUGAACGCUGCAAAGAGCAGACCUGCGGUCACACGAACGAAAAAGAGAAGAAUAGGUCAGCUCCUGAAAAGGGCUUCUCAGCAGACAACGCUGCUGAAACAGGGCUCGCUGGCACCUGGGGAAGCCAACUUGCCCGGCAAGAAAGAGCAACCUCGUUCUUGUGCAGAUAUUGCUGAGAAUGGAAGAGUCCAGGUGGGCUUUUCUUCGUGUGUUACGUUGGGCUGUCUGACCCAGGAGCAAACCCCCAGAGACAAACCCCCAGACGCCUCCGCGUAUCCCAUGUCCCAGCGUCCACCAACUCCAUCAGGGAAAACCUGGGCUUCAUCGCACCUAGUUGCAAAACAGUCCCAUCUUUCUCCUGCGUGUGAGGUGCCUGCCAAAGAUAGACCAAGGAAGGAGCCAGCUUUGCUUGUGGCCCACACGCUCAAAAAAGUGUCCGACCUAAACUGCAAGCUGCCAGACUCAUUUGAAAUGGAAGAGAUUCAGAGUUUUGAGGAUGAAACACCAUGUGGAAAUGCUCCUGACACCACUUCAGCAGAACUGAUGGUGACAAGAACAAGCAGCUGCCAGUCAGACAGCAGUGGGUUCAUGGAGGAGCUGCCAGAACCUGUAGCUUUGCAAAAUGCAUCUUUGUCAGGAAAGAUUAAGUUCAUUUCUGAUAUCCACAAUGAAGAAACAGGUCUGUCACAUAGGACAGUUUUUCCUACGUUAAAUAAAGAUUUUCAACAAAAACCAGAUGAUUGUGUUGCUAAGGUCUUCAUCACAGCUUGCAAGAACAUUUUGACAGUACCUAGGUCAACGAAAGCAUGCAGUGACCAGGGAGAAGAGACGCAUCUACUGCUGACUGCAGAAAAUGGCAAGUAUCAGGCCUAUAAUGCUGAGCCACAGACGUUUGUACAAGAAAUGUUAUGUGACAUGGAGAAGAAAGAGGAUAAAACUGGAAGAAAGCAGCUGGAAAAAGAGGAGUGCAUAAAAGAGUAUAGUCCUUGUUUUCAGGCUGACACUCAGGGUGAAGGAGAUCCUAACUCCUCAGAAUUUGAUCAUCAUUUAUAUUUUGGUACAGAACACAAAAAAGUGAACGUAACCUUCAUUGAACUGAGUGAUAUAAACCCUGCAGUCAUCAGUGAGAGCAAAAUCAGAGGUGAGGAUGAAGGUGAGAGGUGCCUGACUGAAAAGGACAUUGGAGUUGCAUGUCAUGAAAGUGCCCAUCAAGGUCGUACAGGACGUAUUAAAGGACCGUGGUGGGGAGUGGAAGUGGUCAGCAAAGACAGAACCCUGCUUGCAGUGAAUGAGGUGACAAACGGGCAGAAGUUCUGCAAAAUAGAUGGCGAGUCAAAAAAUACAAGAUGCUUCCCCAAAAUGGGGCUCCCAGAAACUCUGCAGCAGGGCUCAGCAGCACGAAGUGGGAGCAGUGCCACUUCAAGACGUUCUCUGCAAGUAUCUCCGAGGCAUCCCUCCUGCCUAGCAGAAGGGCCUGGACUAAGUUCAUCUGAAGGUCAAGAGACUGGUAGUGUAGGGGAGAUGUUAGGUGCCAACAAAUCGGAACAGGGAGACACUGUCCAAAACAGUGAAAUGGCUUCUGCUCCUCUGAAAUCUGUUACUGUUCAGAUGUCUUCAGGGCUGGAGUUUACUUCAAGGGUGAAGUGCACAGGGCAAAAUGCUCCUGUCAGUGAAAGCCUUGCUAGAGAAGAUCUUGUGGAAUUUGCUGACACGUUAGUGCAUCACUCUGAGAGUGGUCCUCUCAUACGGUCAGACCCAAGGGCUUCAAAGGAUGGUGUGAAGCAGAGCAGCGAAGCCUCCAGCCAAACUGACAUCGAUGCCAGGAAACCCAGGUGGCCACCACUGCUUCAUCCACCCCAUAGUCACCUGACAAAAUCAGCCUCUCUUGACAGCAUGCUUUGUGGCAAAUACAGGUCACGCUACUGGGGUGAAGCCUCCGGUGCCGGCGUUGGGCAGGGCAGUGUCUGCUGUCACUGCUGCUGCUGCCACAGCUGCUGCCCGCGGACCUUCCCCGUGGGUGUCUCUCCCCAUCGCCCUGUGGGCUGCUGCUCAAACCAUGCCUGCACCCAGCUGCAGCUCUUGAAAACGCUGAUGCUCCUACAGGACACCGCAACGCGUCAUCUUGCUCCGUGUACCCUCCAUGAAAUAGAAGCGAUGAAGAGCUCCUGCCAGCACUUCCAGAAGAAGCUGGAUGAGAUUGAACAGCACCUGACUGAAGAGCAGGUGCUGUUUUCCGACGCGAUGCCGGAUGAAGGAAGGGAGGAAGGCAGACACCUGCAACUCUUACGGCGAGCCAUUCGUCAGGAGGUUGCAGAGCUGGAAUUUCGGCUGAAUGAUCGAGCAUGCCAGGUCAGGGAGGGCAUCCUUAUGCAGCUGGACCAAUUACUAGUAGAACAAUCCCAUCUGUUUUCUGAGAUCGGACUCUCUGAGUGGAAGGGAGAAAGAAAAGCCCAGAAUAAACAAGCAUUUCCAGAUGCUGCUGACACUGCGCAUCCUCGAAGCGGGUGUUCAGAAAUGGUGCUCCGAAGAGCUCCUAGCAAAACCACCACAGCAACAGGCUCACUCUCUGCCCUGCAGUCGGGGGCACCCCCAACACAGUUUCCUACCAGGACAACACCUGAGCUGAAUUCAGCCGAGUCUGACCCACAGGAGCUCUCCACCAGUAAAAAGGAAAUAAAAGGACCUCCCCAAGCAGAAACGGACUUUAAGGCAUUUUUACACAACUUGAAGAAAUCUUUCCAAAAUUCUUUAGGUGAUGAUGCAGAAGGAAAAGACUGA